UUUCCGACCUCCUCUCCUCUCAUCCCGACUCAGCGGUCCACGUGUGGAUUUAGUUGGGUUUAUUCACCGCCAAGAUUGCAGAAAUAAAUCUGGACGAAAUGUCGUCGACAAUCGAGCAGAUGAGGGCGAACGUGGGGAAACUCCUGCGUGGGAUCGACAGAUACAACCCAGAAAACCUUGCAACGUUGGAGCGCUACGUGGAGAUGCAAGCCAGAGAAAACUCCUAUGACCUGGAGGCCAACCUGGCUGUCCUCAAGCUGUAUCAGUUCAACCCUGCCUACUUCCAGACUCAAGUGACCUCUCAGGUUCUGCUGAAGGCUCUGACCAACCUGCCACACACCGACUUCACUCUGUGCAAGUGCAUGAUCGAUCAGACACACCAGCAAGAGGAGCGCCCCAUCAGACAGAUCCUGUACCUGGGGAACCUGCUGGAGACCUGCCACUUCCAGAGCUUCUGGACGAGUCUGGAGGAGAACAGAGAGCUCAUCGACGGCAUUACUGGUUUUGAGGACUCCGUUCGCAAGUUCAUCUGCCAUGUUGUGGGUAUCACCUACCAGACCAUCGAGCACCGGUUACUGGCUGAGAUGCUGGGAGACCCACUGGACACGCAGGUGAAGGUUUGGAUGAACAAGUACGGCUGGACGGAGAACGAGGAGGGUCAGAUCUUCAUCUUCAACCAGGAGGAGAGCGUCAAGCCCAAGAACAUCGUGGAGAAGAUCGACUUUGAGAGUGUAUCCAGCAUCAUGGCUACAUCUCAGUGAUGCAAACACACACACACACAUACACUCACUUUUACAGGCACACAUACCAGUGAUCAAAAUUAAACCAUAAAAUCUUUUCUCAAUAAAUAUAAUUUAUCAUUUACAGCCUA